AUGUUUAAAGUGUUCGUAAUUGAAGAUAUUGUCACCCUUAAUGUGUCGGAGUACGUAGGGGACAAGCGAAACAUACUAUUCCAAAAACUGUCAAACAAAUACAUAAACAAGGUCGUUCACGGAGUCGGACUUGCAAUUGCUCUGGACGGGGAUUUUUUAAAAUGCGAAUCUCGGAUUCUUCCAAACGACGGAUCGGCACACUAUAAACUGAUAUUUAAGCUGCUGGUAUUCUCGCCAGUGAUAAAUGAAGUGUUCAAAGCGAACUAUCGACCGGAUUCUUUAGUGAUAUUCACUGAUGAAAUUAACGGAUAUUGGUUAAAAAUCGAUGAAAACACCGAUGUGCCCAUAAAAACAGACAAUGUAGUAGAAUUUAAAAUAUUAGAUAUUAUUUACAAUCAAGAAGGAGGUUAG